CUACAAAUCCACGACUUCUCAAUGUACGUAAUCUCUACUCGUCUACACCGCCCCAUUAAUUCCUCAUAGUCCAACGCAACACGUCGUGCCGUGCACCGUAACCCAAUACAAAUACCUAUCGUCCCCCGCCCACAAAGAGAUUUCCCCACCAUAUACCCACAGGAACAUGCUUUCCUUCGUUACCUCCGCAAAAUGCUUCCCUCUCGCAUGACUCCUGUUCGGACUGAUCAGCCUCGUGAUCCUCUGGAUUUCCCUGCUACCUUACCCCUACCUCACAGCCCCCCUCACACUGCGCAAGCCACGAGUCAGGCGCAUUCGGAUAUGGAUCCCUACGAGAACGCUCGACCCAUAUCAACACCCCACACAACCCAAUCUUCUGCCACCGCUCCCACCACCUUCAAGACACGACUAGAUCGCCUAUCAACCUGGUGGCCCCCUCGUGCAAGUCAUCCAUUACCGCCUAUUGUCGACGUUCCUCUUGCUCCGGGUAAAUUGCGCUACGCUACAGCAGGUGCUCCCACAUUUGACGAUGAUUUGAUUCGUGAUGAAGACUAUGUUCCUCCUACUCCUACACCUCAUCCAAAUUCGCAACGACCUUCCACAGUAGUGCAGGUCACCACCGGACAGCAUGGAAGCAGCCGGUUCUGUGGCUGCUUCUAAACCAGUCUCGUGAACAUUUUGAUUGUCAUCAUUCGUCGUGUGUGUUAUAUCACAUUAACCUGUCCCAUAGUUGACCGACAUGUAAACUAACUAUGAAACUCGCAUCUUUUGUCAGAUGCAAGUACAGCCCUCUAUUACAUGCUGUAUUGUUGUAUCUCCAGGACGGAUAUAUAAAGCAGCAUCGCAUGAUUUAGUUCUGCAUGAGUGC